AGAGAGAGAGAGAGACUGUGUGUGUGUGUGAGACGGAGGAAGAUGCUGUUGCCAGGGAACAACGCUGAAAUAGAAACGUCCCUCUUUUCCAGCUCGUGGGAGGUCCAGCGCUCAUCUGAUGAUGGAUGCACAGUGGACCGAGCGUGAGGAAAACAGGUGAUCCUGACUCCGGGAGAAUCAACCAGAAGGAGGAAACGAUUUCUCCCCCAGCCUCCAUUAGCAGCAUCAGUAAACAUCAAGAGUCGCACAGCAGCCCGGUCCUGAACGGAGGAGCCUCCCACCUGCAGAUGUAAACAGUCAUGACUCCCUCUCAGCUGCUUUAGGGAGGAAGCUUAAAAGGAGAGCACCUGAAAGCAAAACAGAGAAGCUUUCAGAACGGAGAAGAGGAAGUCUUCCUGAUCGCAGCAUCGAGCUGAAGCCCGUCCUCCCCCGGCAGAGGAUGGGUACGGCGGAGGCCACUCUACGCAUGGACAGCAUGGAGGUCAAGGACGAGUGGCAGGAUGAGGACUUCCCCAGGCCGCUACCAGAGGAUGGAUAUUCAUGUGGCCUCACUGACAACAGAACCAAUCCUCCCACCACCCUGAACGUCGGGGAGUCCAUGACCCAACGCAAGCGUCGCACCCUGGUGGCCCCCGACAUGAACCUGUCCCUGGAUCAGAGCGAGGGCUCGGUGCUCUCCGACGACCUCCUGGAAACGCCCGACGACCUGGACAUCAACGUGGACGACAUCGAGACGCCCGAUGAGACCGACUCGCUGGAGUUCAUCAACAACGGCAACGAGCUGGAGUGGGAAGAUGACACUCCGGUGGCCACCGCCAAACGUCUUCCAGGGGAAAGCGAAGAGGAGAGAGACUCGUCUGGUCGUCUGUGGCGAACGGUGAUCAUCGGAGACCAGGAGCAACGCAUCGACAUGCAGGUCAUCAGGCCGUACCUGAGGGUGGUCACACACGGAGGUUAUUACGGUGAGGGUUUGAAUGCCAUCAUCGUGUUUGCAGCCUGCUACCUUCCCGACAGCGGCUGUGAUGACUACACAUACAUCAUGGAGAAUCUCUUCCUGUACGUUGUGAGCAGCCUGGAGCUGCUGGUGGCAGAAGACUACAUGAUUGUUUACCUGAAUGGAGCAACUCCUCGCAGGAAGAUGCCUGGAAUCGGCUGGUUGAAGAGAUGCUACCAGAUGAUUGACAGAAAACUAAGAAAGAAUCUAAAGUGUCUCAUCAUCGCUCACCCGACAUGGUUUAUCCGGACGGUCCUGGCCAUCUCAAGACCUUUCAUCAGUGUGAAGUUCAUGGAUAAGAUCCGGUACGUUCACACCCUGCAGGAGCUCAGUCAGAUCAUCCCCAUGGAGCAUGUGCAGAUCCCCGAGUGUGUGCUCCAGUACGACGAUGAGAAGAUAAGAGCACAAAGUGAAAGACUUGAGCAGGAGCAGCAGCAGCCCAACUCAACACUCGCUAAAGAAAGGCCUAAGUCAAUGAUAGCAGAGGUUGGCCGUGACAUCUGACAUUAAGAGCCGGUGGGAAACACUGAUUCAUUAAAACGAGAGCCAGCGUCACUCACACAUGGGAUUAAAUCCCCUGAUGGAUCUUUCAGCUGCGAGACAAUCAUUCCUCAACAUUUCUCUUAGUUUCCGUGACAUGCCUGCUUCUAUCAACCCACACCAAAGCGUUGCAGCAUACAGCUAAAUCAAAAAGUAUCCGCUUCCUGCAUGUCAAGUUGAACUUUACCUCCAGCAUGACGUCAAAUACAUGAAUGAAAACGUAAGGACUCUCUGGACCGGGCUGGGACCAGUGUGUACAUAUUUGUAAUAAUUUUCUGAGGAUGGUGUUUGUACAUGAACGGCAUGGGUAUUGUUUGGUUUACUGGGUAUUUAUUGAAAAAGACAUGAUAGUAAUUAUAACGUGCAAUGAUGUUGUUCUUCUUCAACCUACAGUAGAUGUUACUGAUGCAAAAGUGUGUUGCAGUUUUAAACUUUUUUUUUUUUCCAGAGUUGAAUAUGCAGAUGGCAUGCUGGUUUAUAUCCUUCCUGUCUUUGUUUUUGUCAGGUUUUAGAAAAAAAAAAACUUUUACGAGGUGGAAAACAUUGAUUGUUGCAAAUUAAAUAUAUGUAAAGAGAGACUCUGAUUAAAAGUGUUAUUUAAGAAAAUGUGCCAUUUACUGUUUGUAUAAAAAUAAAUAAAUAGGUGAACUAAA